UCCCGACGACAGUUAUCGCGUCGUCGAGUUUCGAUCUGUCUCUAAGAGAGCAUAAAGUAUAGACAGAGCAAUGGAGUCGAUACAGAGCCGAGUGGAAUCGUGGAUCAGAGACCAGAGGGCGAGGUUCCUACGCGUCUCGUGGGGACCACUCCAGUGGAGGUUCCGGUGGCCACCGUGGAACGGAGAAGAUGCCGAUCAGAGGGUCAAGAUCCGGCGCGAGUACGAGAAGCGCAAAAAGCAGAUUCAGGAUCUUUGUCUCGCCCUCAAGUCGGAGUCGGUCGAAGAUUUACAGGAUUUGCUCUGUUGCAUGGUUCUGUCCGAAUGUGUUUACAAAAGACCUGCAAGUGAGAUGGUUCGAGCUGUAAACAAAUUUAAAGCAGACUUUGGUGGCCAAUUCAUUUCCUUGGAGCGAGUUCAGCCUUCAUCAGAUCAUGUCCCUCACAGGUAUCUACUCGCUGAGGCUGGUGAUACUUUGUUUGCAUCCUUUGUCGGAACUAGGCAGUACAAGGACAUCAUGGCCGAUGCAAACAUACUUCAAGGUCACAUAUUUCAAGAUGAUGUCGCAGAGGAUGAAUGCAUGGCAGCUCUACCAAGCGAUUCACAGAAGAAUAACGGAGAGGGUCUGCGGAAUCCUCUUGAUUCAAAGGCUAAGCAACGUAGAGAUAAGCCUAAACCUGCUGCACAUCGGGGAUUCUUGGCUCGUGCUAAGGGGAUACCUGCUCUGGAAUUAUAUAGACUUGCUCAGAAAAAGCAAAGGAAACUUGUAUUAUGUGGACAUUCACUUGGUGGAGCUGUUGCUGCGUUAGCUACACUCGCCAUAUUGAGGGCUGUUGCUGCCUCUUCUACAAAGAAAGGAAGUGAAAACAUUCAUGUCAAAUGCAUUACCUUUUCCCAGCCUCCUGUUGGGAACGCUGCGUUGCGAGAUUACGUUCAUGAAAAAGGGUGGCAUCAUUAUUUCAAAAGCUACUGUAUACCUGAAGAUUUAGUCCCUAGAAUCCUCUCUCCUGCAUACUUUCAUCACUACAAUGAGCAAAGAAUAUCAAUGGCUGGAGAGGCAUCAGAGGCGGAAAAGACAAAAGGCAAAGAACAGGAGCAGUUAGUCAUCGGUGUUGGCCCUGUUCAGAACUCAUUCUGGAGGCUUUCAAGGCUUGUUCCUCUUGAGGCUGUUAAAAAACAGCUGGAUAGGUAUAGAGGAAAGAAAGAGGAUCCUGCAGAGGAAUCUGUAGUGUCGUCGGCUCCUAACGAGGACGUGCUUAUGGAACCACAGUCUCUUGAGAUUGAAGAGGGUGGGGAUGGUAUAUCUCUCAAGCCGUUGCCAGAUAGUGGCAACGGGCAAACGGUUAAUGGGAAGAGUGAAGGAAAGACCGAUUCGUCCAAUGGGUUUGGGAAUAGCUGGCGCAGGGUUCCUUCUUUACCUUCUUACGUACCAUUUGGAGAGCUAUAUCUCUUGGGAACUGCAUCUGUGGAAUCACUUUCAGAAGGAGAGUACUCUAAAUUAACAUCGGUCAGAUCAGUGAUUACCGAACUGAGAGAACGUCUUCAGUCACAUUCUAUGAAAUCCUAUAGGUCUCGCUUCCAGAGAAUACAUGACCUCUGCAUGGAUAUUGAUGGAUUCUUCGGAGUGGAUCAACAGAAGCAGUUUCCUCAUUUACAACAGUGGCUUGGGCUUGCUGUCGGUGGUAGUGUAGAGAUCGGGCAUAUCGUUGAAUCACCGAUCAUUAAAACCGCCACUUCUGUGGCUCCUCUUGGCUGGAAUGGCGUUCCUGGCGAUAAGAAUGCAGAACCUCUGAAAGUUGAUAUCACUGGUCAUGGGUUGCACUUGUGUCCCUUUGUUCAUGCACAAGUGAAUGGCAACUGGUGCUCAACAACUGUGGAAUCCUUCCCUUCAACACCUGCCUUUUCUUCAGAUAAUGUAGAGCAGACGGAGCUACAGAAAAUUAGAGUGACCAUUGGAGCUCCUUUAAAACGACCUCCAAGCAAUCAGAUAGUUGAAGAUCCUUUAGUACCUAUGUUCUCCUCUGUCGAUUCAAACACCGGUUUGGUGAAGGAAGAAAUCAGUUUAGGAUUUUUCCAAGAGGACAAGUUUGUUCGUCCCGAAGGUUUGGAGGACUUGUAUAUAUUCUGUACUAGUGAUUUCGCCACUGUGGCUAAGGAGGUUGAGGUCAGAACACGGAGGGUGCGGUUACUCGGGCUUGAGGGUGCUGGUAAAACCUCUCUCUUCCGGGCCAUACUGGGCCAAACCAUGCUGAGUUCGAUGACCCAUGUGGAGAAUCUGCAGAUACAGUCCGAUGUUCAAGACUGUAUCGUUGGUGGUGUUUGCUACUCCGACACAGUGGGUGUGAACCUGCAGGAGCUGCAGCUAGAGGCUUCUCGCUUUAGAGAAGAGCUAUGGAAAGGAGUUCGCAACCUAAGUAAAAAAAUAGAUUUAAUCAUUCUUGUGCACAAUCUCUCUCACAGAGUACCACGCUACCAGAACUCAACAACACAACAGCAGCAGCCAGCACUUGCUCUUCUGUUAGACGAGGUGAAGUCCCUCGGCAUCCCUUGGGUUCUAGCCAUUACAAACAAGUUCUCAGUGAGUGCACAUCAGCAGAAAACAAUGAUAGAAGCUGUUCUUCAGGCGUAUCAAGCGUCACCAAACUCAACCGGAGUUGUUAACUCUAUCCCUUAUGUUAUCUCCGGCUCUGGGAGCUCCUCGUUGCCUUGGGCAGCUGUGAACGCUGGUAAUGAAGGAUCAUUAGGCGCUCAGAAGCUGAUAUUCGCUCCACUCGACCUUGUCAAAAGGCCUUUUCAGAGAAAAGACACUGUGUUUCCAGUGGACGGUGUGAGUUCCCUUUGCCAGCUUGUCCACCGCGUCCUUCAAAGUCAAGAAGAAGCUUGCUUUCAGGAACUUGCUAAAGAGAGACUGUUGGUGGAACUAGCCAGAAGCCGAGCCGUAGAUGGUUCACAGGGCAAGCCAUCGUCGAUGUCAGCAGCAGCUGUGGGUGCUUCACUUGGAGCAGGUCUUGGUCUUGUCUUAGCAGUUGUAAUGGGUGCGGGUUCUGCUUUACGAAAGCCCUGAUUGUACCCAACGAACCAUUGAAUCUGUUAUCAAUAUAAUAUUUAAUAUAAUGUACAUAUAGUUCCUUUAGAGCUGGAUAUUAAAUUCAUGAUUUCACCAUUUUAUCUGA